CACACCUAAAGAGACAAAAAUAUAAAAAAAGAAAGUUCCUCACACCUUUAACUUAAUCAUGUCCACAUUUAAGGUGGUAGGAAACUGCUUCGUCAAGCCUCAUCAAUCUAACCAGAGCGCCACUGCCAUACCCAAUUCUUUGAGCUUCUCUUCAGUUUUAUCUGCCUCCUAUGACCACUCAACCAGACUCUUCUUCUCCUUCUUCUUCUUCUCCAUAUGAUGUCUUUCUGAGUUUUAGAGGCGCGGAUACACGCACCACUUUUAUAGAUCAUUUGCGCAAUGCUCUGGUUGGUAAAGGGAUCCACACCUUCAUUGAUGAUGAUGAGCUUCCAAGAGGAGAAGAAAUAAAGCCAGUCCUUGUCAAAGCAAUUGAAGACUCAAGAAUUUCUGUCAUUGUAUUCUCUGAAAACUAUGCAUCUUCGAGGUGGUGUUUGGAUGAACUUGUUGAGAUCCUUCGAUGUAAACAAUCAAAGCAACAAAUAGUUUUGCCCAUUUUUUACAAGGUGGAUCCAUCUCAUGUGCGAAACCAAACAAGUAAAUUUGGUGAUGCAUUUGAUGGCCUUAUUGAAAGCAAAUUCAAGGAUGACAAGGAGAAAGUGCUUAUUCAAAGCAAAUGGAGGAAAGCUCUUACGGAAGCAGCAAAUUUGUCUGGAUCGCAUUUCAACGAGGGAGAGUAUGAAGCUACAUUUAUCAACAACAUUAUUGAUGAAAUCUUCAGCAAAGUACUGAGCCGCACAUCUUUGAAUGUGGCCACACACCCAGUUGGAAUUAAAUCUCGUGUACAAGAUGUGGAAAGGCUUUUAGAUGUUGGUGGGAAUGGUCGUUGCAUGGUUGGGAUAUGGGGGACAUCUGGAAUAGGCAAGACAACAAUUGCAAACGCUAUAUGGAAUGCAAUUGCAGAUAAGUUUGAAGGAAGUUGUUUCUUGGAAAAUGUUAGAGAAAAGUCAAUAACACAUGGAGGCUUAAUCCAGCUACAGAAGACCCUUCUUCAUAAGUAUCUAGGCAAAAAGUUGAAAAUUCAUAGUGUUGCUGAAGGAAUUGGUGUUAUAAAAGAACGGUUGAGACAUAAAAAAAUUCUCUUAAUUCUUGAUGAUGUGAAUGAAUUGGAGCAAUUAGACAAUUUGGCUGGAGUUGGUUGGUUUGGUGAGGGAAGUAGAGUCAUUACAACUACACAAGAUAGGGGAUUGCUAGAACGUCAUGGAAUUGUUUUGAUAUACAAGGUCCAAAUGUUAUAUGACGACAAAGCUCUUGAGCUUUUCAGUUUGAAUGCCUUCGGAAAAAGUAAACCUCCAAAUGAUUAUUUGGAACUCGCACAACGAGCAAUAGCCUAUGCUCAAGGCCUUCCACUAGCUAUAACACUUUUAGGUUCCCAUCUUCGUAAUAAAGGAAUACAUCGUUGGCGAUAUAUAUUAGAUAGUUAUGAAGGACAACCUUACACGGGUAUUCAAAAAAUACUUCAAAAAAGUUAUGAUGCAUUAGAUAAUUCAGUGCAACAUGUUUUUCUAGACAUUGCAUGUUUCUUCAAGGGUGAAACGAAGGACUAUGUGCUACAAAUAGUAAGCAAUUCUAAGAACAAGGUCUCCCGAGAUUGUAUUGAAGUACUGAUUGAGAAGGCAAUGAUAACUAUUGACUAUGGUAGGAUUCGGAUGCAUGACUUACUAGAAAAACUGGGCAAGGAUAUAGUUCAUGAAGAAUGCCCCAAUAAUCCUGGUGAGCGUAGUAGAUUGUGGUCACUUGAGGAUGUUUACCAUGUUCUAACGGUGGAAAAUAGUGGAACAACAAAAAUUAAGGGCAUCAUGCUGAAGUUUUCCAAACCAGAUGAGAUACGCUUGCAUUCAAAAUGCUUUGUUGGGAUGAGAAAUCUUGAAAUUUUCAUAAAUCGUAAUGUAUUUCUCUCUGGUGACGUUGAAUAUCUGCCCAACGAGUUGAGGUUGAUUGAUUGGGGGGGUUAUAGAUGUCAGUUACAAUCUUUGCCAUCCGAGUUUCAUCAAGUACAUCUUGCUGACUUCAAUAUGCCUGGCGGUAGUAUCAAACGAUUGGGGAAAUUGAAGAAUAUGCUAAAGCUAACAUCUAUGGAUUUAAGUGGUUGUCAAUUCUUAGAAAAAAUUCCUGACUUAUCCGGAAUCCCAAACAUAAAGUACUUGAAUCUAAGUCGGUGUACAAGUUUGGUUGAGGUUGAUGAUUCUGUUGGAUGCCUUGAUAAACUUGUUCAAUUGAAUCUUGAAGGAUGUGUUAGGCUUACGAGGUUUGCAACAAGACUUAAAUUGAAAUCCUUAGAAACACUUGAUCUACGUGAUUGCAAAAGGCUUGAAAGUUUCCCAAAAAUAGAAGUCGAGAUGGAAUCACUACGGAUAUUGCGUAUGGACAGAAGUGGCAUAAGAGAAUUGCCUCCAUCAAUUGAAUAUCUUACUGGGCUUCGGCAAUUGGAUCUUAGUGGAUGCUUCAAUCUUACAAGGUUUGCAACAAGACUUAGAUUGAAAUCCUUAGAAACACUUAAUCUACGUGAUUGCAAAAGGCUUGAAAGUUUCCCAAAAAUAGAAGUCGAGAUGGAAUCACUAUGGAUAUUGCGUAUGGACGGAAGUGGCAUAAGAGAGUUGCCUCCAUCAAUUGAAUAUCUUACUGGGCUUCGGCAAUUGGAUCUUAGUGGAUGCUUCAAUCUUACAAGGUUCUCCACACUUAGAUUGAAAUCUCUUGAAAAACUUGACCUUAGUUAUUGCAAAAUGCUUGAGAGUUUCCCAGAAAUAGAAGUCGAGAUGGAAUCACUAUGGACAUUGAAUAUGGAAGAAAGUGGCAUAAGAGAAUUACCUCCAUCAAUUGCAUAUUUUACUGGGCUUCGAGUAUUGGAUCUUCGUCGAUGCUUCAAUCUUACAAGGUUUGCAACAAGACUUAGAUUGAAAUCCUUAGAAACACUUUAUCUAAGUGAUUGCAAAAGGCUUGAGAGUUUCCCAGAAAUAGAAGUCGAGAUGGAAUCACUACGGAUAUUGCGUAUGGACGGAAGUGGCAUAGGAGAAUUGCCUCCAUCAAUUGAAUAUCUUACUGGGCUUCGACAAUUGGAUCUUAGUGGAUGCUUCAAUCUUACAAGGUUCUCCACACUUAGAUUGAAAUCUCUUGAAAAACUUGACCUUAGUUAUUGCAAAAUGCUUGAGAGUUUCCCAGAAAUAGAAGUCGAGAUGGAAUCACUACGGAUAUUGUUUUUCUGGAUCAGGUAUCUUCUCCGCAUUCUCAAUUUCAAAUUACUCUUCCAGGCGAUGAAGUACCAAAGUGGUUCAGCUAUUGUAAAGAUGUAACACUAGUUGAACGUUCCUUUGGAUGCAAUGGUCGAUGUGAAGUUAGUUUUGAAAUUCCUCCAAAUUUAGAUUGGGAGACGUUAAGAUUGGUUCUAUGCGUUGUUAAUAAAGGAAACGCAUAUGUUCAUCUCGGCGGGGCAAAGACACGUGUUCAUAUCAAUAGAAAAAUGGUCCAAUCGAUAUUUGUGGAGGCAACGGAAACUCAUGUGGCUCUCAACUGUAUUCCAUUAUUGAAUCGGAGCGAGUUAGGUGUGGGGGAAGAACUGACGCAGUUGCAGCAGGGUAAUAUGUGUCAAAUUAUAUUUGAGUUCUAUAGAAUGCCCACACCCGUUAAAAUCCUCUGCGGGGUCCACCUAUUAGGCCACCAGGUUGCU